AUGACACCUCCACUGUGGGGCUCUGUGAAGGAAUACAAAAAUGAAGGUGCCUUGGCUAGUUGGCUUCAAAACAGCGUCCUCUGUUAGUAAUCUGUGUGUAUAUAUAUAUACAUCGUUGGGCGGAGCUCGAGACAACGAGGUACACUGUUUCUCAACAAGUGUUGUUGAGAAAGAGAGGAACAUUGACGGCGGUGGGUACGCACGCUAUUGCAUACAUUGCUAUUUUUCCUAAUGGCAACGGAGGAAAAAAGGAAAUCGAUGCCGCAGGCUGUAUCAGCAGUCGGCUCGUUGCCGACACCUCAGUGCUACAAUAACAACAAUAAUAAUAACAACAACAAUAACAAUCGAGGCAGCGAGGUAAGCGAGAAUACGACCACCUCGAGCGCUACCGAAUCAAGUGGACCGGAAACGCACAGCAUCGGGAACGGUUGUGGAGUCAAUCCAACAGUGGGAAAUAACGGGAAAUGGGUCCGUUUGAACGUCGGCGGUACCGUAUUCCUCACAACGCGGCAUACCCUACUCAAAGAACAGACUUCCUUUCUCUAUCGGCUCUGUCAACAAAAGGACUUGCAUUCGGACACGGAUGAGACAGGGGCCUAUGUGAUAGACAGAGACCCCACCUACUUUGGCCCCAUCCUCAACUACCUGCGACACGGCAAACUAGUCUACAACAAGGAGUUGGCUGAAGAAGGUGUGUUGGAGGAGGCUGAGUUCUACAACAUCACUCCUCUGAUCAAACUGAUCAAGGAGCGGAUCCUGGAGCGGGACUGUAAAGUCACACAGCAGGUGCCUCCUAAACAUGUGUACCGGGUGUUGCAGUGCCAGGAGGAGGAGCUGACUCAGAUGGUUUCCACCAUGUCGGACGGCUGGAAGUUUGAGCAGGUCAGCGUACGCGCCUGCAGAAAGCCCCGCACUGGACUGCUCUGGACUAUGGUGAACAUUGGUUCGUCAUACAGCUAUGGGACAGAGAACCAGGCAGAGUUUCUUUGUGUGGUGUCCAAGGAGCUACACACACCUGGCUCAGGCCUGGGCACCGAACAGAGCCACAAGACCAAGGCUUCAGAGGUGCAGGAUGAGGAGGAGGAGGGAGGAGAGAGAAAUACCACCCUGAAUGAGUGCAUAAGGGAAUGACAGUCUUGUGUCAAUGUUCCAAGGACGUGAAUGGCUUUUUCACAUGCAUGGAUCCCGGAUGUACUAGAGAGAAAUGUAUUUUUCGAGCUUGACAUUCCAUUAUGUGUUUGUUUAUAUAUGUUGUAUUGUUGCUUUGGG